CUCCUCCUCCUCCUCCUCCUCCUCCCCCCACCCUUGCAGGAGGAGGGAGAGGCAGCGGUCGAACCGGCUCGACAGUCGUCUCAGCACAGCGCGGGGAGCGCCCCAUCAACCCGGGGAGACAUGCACACAGAGCCCGAGCAGAGGGGCGACAGCUCAGUCCCAGGCCGGUGCUGACAACCUCCCCAGCCCCAGGCAUUGACUGAAAUGGACGUGGAGAAAAACACUUAUCUGGAUGGUGCAAAGUGCACCUUGAAGAUCUGAAAGGACGGGACUGCGAUCCAACUGCAGGAUGGUUACCUGGCUGAAUAUGUCUCCUGUGGAUUGCUAGCAGAAUAGCAGCUAGUGUACGAACGGAAGAAACUCUCACCCCAUGAGCUUUGGAUUUAUUACUGGCAUAGAACAACACUGAGGGUUUUUGGAGCUCACCCUAGUGAGAAUCUGGUGAUGACAUCGUGUACAAUGCUUCUUUACUCAAGAUGGAGUUGCCCUGCAUCACUUUUGGGACGUGUAUCCACCAUUUGCUUAAACAUAGACUGCAGUGCUGCCCUCUGGAUAUUUAGCUUUGCCAUCAGGGUGAUGGUGUUAGAAGGCCAGAUCAAUUACCCUACUGUGAAUACGCACUAUGGGAAACUGCGGGGAAUUCGAAUUCCCUUGCCGAGUGAGAUUCUGGGGCCCGUGGAUCAGUACCUGGGAGUUCCAUACGCCGCUGCUCCUGUUGGGGAGAAACGGUUUCAACCACCGGAACCUCCCCCUUCCUGGUCUGGAAUACACAACGUUACCCACUUUGCCCCCGUCUGCCCACAGAACAUCCAUGGCGUAGUACCGGAAAUCAUGUUACCUAUCUGGUUCACGGCAAAUUUGGAUAUAGUUGCAGCUUACAUCCAGGAUCAAAAUGAAGACUGCUUGUAUCUAAACAUCUUUGUCCCCACAGAGGAUGUAAAAAGAAUAUCGAAGGAAUGCACAAGAAAACCCAACAAGAAAAUAUGUAGAAAAGGAGGAACCAACGCAAAGAAACAGGGCGAUGAUCUUGCUGAUAAUGAUGGCGAUGAAGAUGAAGAUAUUCGUGACAGCGGGCCCAAGCCAGUUAUGGUGUACAUUCAUGGAGGGUCAUACAUGGAGGGAACAGGAAAUAUGAUCGAUGGCAGCAUACUGGCAAGCUAUGGCAAUGUCAUUGUUAUCACCCUCAACUACCGUGUUGGUGUCCUGGGUUUUCUAAGCACGGGCGAUCAAGCUGCUAAAGGCAAUUAUGGACUUCUGGAUCAGAUCCAGGCCCUGCGCUGGAUUAGUGAGAACGUAGCCUUCUUUGGAGGAGAUCCCUUACGGAUUACUGUCUUUGGCUCUGGAAUCGGAGGGUCAUGCGUCAGUCUUCUCACCCUGUCUCAUCAUUCAGAAGGUCUUUUCCAAAGAGCAAUUAUUCAGAGCGGGUCAGCCUUGUCGAGCUGGGCGGUGAAUUAUCAGCCUGCAAAAUACACCAGAUUGCUGGCGGAGAAAGUGGGCUGCAACAUGCUGGAUACCCUCGACAUGGUGGACUGCCUGAGACAGAAGUCGUACAAGGAGCUAGUAGAGCAGGACAUCAAGCCAGCGCAGUACCAUGUUGCAUUCGGCCCAGUCAUUGAUGGAGAUGUAAUACCGGACGAUCCUGAGAUUCUGAUGGAGCAGGGAGAGUUCCUAAAUUAUGACAUCAUGUUGGGAGUCAACCAGGGAGAAGGUUUCAAGUUUGUGGAAUGGAUAGUGGAUCAGGAGGACGGCAUAUCUGGAAGUGACUUUGAUUUCACUGUUUCCAAGUUUGUGGAUAACCUUUAUGGCUACCCUGAGGGCAAGGAUACACUCCGUGAAACGAUCAAGUUCAUGUACACUGACUGGGCAGACCGGGACAAUCCUGAGACGCGACGGAAAACCUUAGUGGCUCUGUUUACUGACCACCAGUGGGUCGAACCUGCAGUGGUAACAGCAGAUCUACACGCUCGUUAUGGUUCUCCUACAUAUUUUUAUGCUUUCUACCACCACUGUCAGAGCGACAUGAAGCCGGCCUGGUCAGAUGCUUCUCAUGGCGAUGAGGUGCCCUACGUCUUUGGCAUCCCCAUGAUUGGACCGACUGAUCUGUUCCCUUGCAACUUUUCAAAAAAUGACGUGAUGCUUAGUGCUGUUGUCAUGACGUAUUGGACAAACUUUGCCAAAACAGGUGAUCCCAACAAGCCAGUGCCACAGGACACUAAGUUCAUCCACACAAAGGCAAACCGCUUUGAAGAAGUGGCCUGGUCCAAGUACAACCCACAGGAUCAGCUGUACCUCCACAUUGGUCUGAAGCCGCGCGUGCGGGAACACUACCGAGCUACCAAGGUGGCCUUUUGGAAGCAUUUGGUCCCUCACCUCUACAACCUGCACGAUAUGUUCCAGUACACCUCCACCACCACCAAGGUGCCUCAGCCCAACACCACUCCCAUCUCCUAUGCCACGAGACAUCCCAACAGUAAGGCUUGGCCCUUCACCACCAAGCGGCCAGGUUCCGGCUUGAGUCCAGCUUUCAACUCUAAUGAGCAGCAGAAGGAGAACUGGGAUUCGGAGCAAGAUGGCGGCUCUCUGUUGAUUGAGAAUCCCCGGGACUACUCUACUGAAUUAAGCGUCACCAUUGCCGUGGGAGCCUCACUGCUUUUCCUCAACGUUCUAGCCUUUGCUGCUCUGUACUACCGCAAGGACAAACGCCGCAAUGACCCCCACCAGCAAGCGAGCCCGCAGCGCAACACCAGCAAUGAUAUGGCGCAUACACAGGAGGAAGAGAUCAUGUCGCUGCAAGUCAACCAAACCCACCACGAGUGUGAGAAUAUCCAGGCUCCCGAGUCCGGGCGUCUUCCUUCACUGCCCGACUACACCCUGACUCUCCGCCGCUCUCCUGAUGAUAUCCCCCUCAUGACCCCCAAUACUAUCACCAUGAUCCCCAACUCCUUGGUGGGUAUGCAGUCCUUGCAUCCGUACAACACCUUUGCUGCUGGUUUUAACAGCACAGGGCUGCCUCAUUCACAUUCCACCACUCGGGUAUAGUCCUGGGCAAUAACCUUCCAGGAGGCGGGAGUGAAUGAGCCGCCGGGAGGAGAACCCUUCCACAAAGACUACUCCAGCCUGUUGGAUUUUAACAACCGUCUGAUGAAUACGGGCACUGCACCAUCCUUAACAAGAAGGCUCUCUCCCUGGGAACUUCAAAAGACAUACAUUCACGCCGGGCCUUCUUGUUUGAACAGACAACUUGACAUUUUAUAUUAAAAAAAACAAUCAAAUUAAGAAAAAGUUUCAAAAAAAUACACAAAUGAGGGAAAGUGAAAAUGCUUUUGUUACCAGUGUUGGGAAAGCAGCGGCAGACCUUUAUCUCAUUAUUCACAUGCCUUAGACACACAGGCUGCUAUGCUCCAUGCAUUUUUUAAUCACUUUUAGAGCAGCAUAGAAUACAUUCGCGCCAAGGGGAUUGAAGGAAAUGUGCACAUGCAAAAACUGAAAAAAAAGUCACCUGGAUUCUCCAUGGAGGGAAGGGGGAGUUUCCCUCGACGACUGCCAUAACUCCGGUGAAAAUCGUGGAAACACUGGAUAGUUGCAGUGAUAGAUUGGGAGAGGCUCCUGGAGAAAUCCCAGUGUGCUUUGUUCUUCAUUAAACAUUAUGCACUGCCGAGAGCAGAGGGAGAGAUCAUCUCAGCUUUGAUUAUUGUUUUGAGUUAAUUUCUUUUUGCUUGGACUCUGGGGUGGAUCUGGAUCUGGGACCAGCACCUUCCUGCAAUGAAUGCCCUGCCGUACUAUAGGCCACUCUCAAUGGCCGAGAAAUUCAAAGGGACACCUAAAUCACGAGUGCAACAAUUUUAGUUCUCUAGAGGCUGCCAGUGAAGCUGUUUGUUUACUGCCAUUGCAUUUAACCUGACAACCAGGGAAGCAUUUUGCCCACCCAUUACCCCUCCAUUUGCCCUCAUCGUAUGAUGAGCCUAAGCUCACUUAUUGGGGAAGCACUUUGUACUUUUGUGGCUUGACAAAAAUCUAACAAACUUUUUACAGAUCUGUUUAAUUUUCUUUGGGCUGCGUGGAGAAUCUUCAAGUAAAUCAAAUAAUACAGCUUUAGAUAGUGUGCACCCCUUAAUUUUUUUAUACACCGUGAAUUGUGACACGUGCCAAAUUAGAACCAGCAAAUUUUUGGUGG